AUGAAGUUCUUCGCUAUCAUCGCUGCUGCUCAGCUCGCCACUGCUCUUCCUUUGGCCAAAGAGGAUGACUCCAAGGCCUGCUCCGGUGAUGCCUUGGGCUCUUCUGUUCCAGCGGUCCCUGGCAUGAAGCGCACCUUGUUCGACGACGUUCUUGGCAAGCCCGCGAAGGACGAGGAGGAGAAGGAGAAGCCUGAGGAGGAGGAGAAGGAGGAGAAGGAGCCUUCUUACUACGUCACUCCCUCCAAGGAGGACUUGAGCUACGACGAGCUCAAGCCCGAGAUGGAGGAGUCCUACGAGGCCAUCCCCAAGGAGACCGAAGAGUCUACUGACGAGCUUGAGUCUUACGACGAGGUUCUCUCCAAGAGGACUCUCGGCGACUUGUUCGGCAUGGACGACGAGGACUCUUACGAGGAGACCAAGCCCGAAGCCACCAGCUCCGCCUACGAGGCUAAGCCCACGCCCAGCCAGGGUUACGAGCACGCUCCCAAGCCUUCCAUGGCCUAUGAGCAUGUUCCCGAGCCCAGCAAGGCCUACGGCGCUGUCCCCACCCCCAGCAAGGAGGCCUACGAGCACGUUCCCACUCCCAGCCAGGCUUACGAGCACGUUCCUGAGCCCAGCAAGGCUUACGGUGCUGUUCCCACCCCCAGCAAGGAGGCUUACGAGCAUGUCCCCGAGCCCAGCAAGGCCUACGGCGCUGUUCCCACCCCCAGCAAGGAGGCUUACGAGCACGCUGAGCCCAGCAAGGCCUACGGCGCCGUCCCCACUCCCAGCAUGGUCCACGAGUACACCAAGCCCAGCAUGGUCCACGAGAAGCCCACCCCUUCCUUCGGCUCUUACGAGUCUGCCCCCACCCCUGUCAAGGACACCUACGAGUCUUACCCCGCUGAGGACUCCUACGAGGAGGGUACUGAGGAGGAGACCGAGGAGGAGACUGAGGGCGGUGACAUGUUCGGUGACCUUCUCGGUGGCAUCUUCGGCAAGAACUAA